UUUCACUAGUUGCGGUGCGGUUGCAGCAUUGUGGGCUCGGAGGACGACAGAGAGGUAGCGCCCGUGGAUGGAGCAGCACCCCUUAUAAACACGGCCGGGGAGGAACACGGAAAACGCCGUCAUCUUUUGAAUUUACAACUCCAGAAACGAAGCAUCCCAAACUUUUUGCCGCAAAAGAGACUUUUUUUUGUGUCUGGGAGAUUUAUUUUGUUGGAAACAACAACAGUGACCAAUAUGGCUUCGUCUGUCAGCGGCACAGAGGAGGUGCGGGUCUCGUCAGUGACGCCCCUGAAGUUGGUGGGGCUGGCGUGCGUGUUCCUCGCGAUGAGCCUGGACGUGGGCUCCCUGCUGAGCCCCGCUUGGGUCACGGCGGACGACCAGUACUCUCUGUCGCUCUGGGAGUCCUGCUGGAAGCCCGUCAGCUCCCCCGCCUGGUCCUGCCAAACCACGCUGACAACGGACUGGCAGAUCGCCACGGUGGCCCUCCUGCUGGGCGGGGCCGCCCUGAUCCUGCUCUCCUUCCUGGUGGCCCUCGUCUCGCUCUGCGUCGGCUCCCGCGGCCGCUGCUACAAGCCUGUGGCCAUCAUGCUGUUUGCGGCAGUGGUGCUCCAGGUGUGCAGCCUGGUGCUCUUCCCCAUCAAGUUCAUCGAGACGGGGAGCCUGCGGGUGUACCACGAGUUCAACUGGGGCUACGGUCUGGCCUGGGGCUCCACCAUCUUCUCCUUCGGGGGCGGCAUCCUGUACUGCCUCAACCCCAAGAACUACGAGGACUACUACUAAAAGCGCCCCCCCCAGACCUGACAGGAGGGGUUCUUGGGUCCUGGGGGGUCCCGCCCGCGACCCCCCAGGACCCCCGUCGGCAGGCGCACGUCCCCUUUUCUUGUACCCCAGGUCCGAGAUGUGACGGACAGACGCGGUGCAGCGGGCGCGGGUUUGAAGGGGACCAAACGGAGCUCCCUUCCCCCCCCCCCCCCGUCUCCCGUCUCACAUCGUAUCAAACACGGCCAACAAACAGUCUCACACCUAAACUAGAAGGUUGAAAACGUUCCACCCGACACGGCAUCGACUCCAGGAACCCACCCCACUAAAUGGAUUCGGGCCCCCUUUCUGGAAAGGAAUUACCGCGUCACCGAGGGCAGUCGGUAAGACAAAACCAAUUUGAAGAGCGAGCGAGUAGAGUGGAGGCAGUUCUUAUUUCGUGGGCAGACAGCGGCCCACGAAGACAGG